AUGGGGCUUAAGAGCGUCGCGGUGUCAACUGGGUCGGCAUGUGAUUCUGAAUCGGUAAAGGCAUCACAUGUCUUGGUUGCAAUGGCGGUUCCGAAUGAGCUGGCACUGACUGCUGUCCGUUUCGGUUUGGGACGUUACAACACCGCGGAAGAGGUCGACGUUGUCGCCGAUGAGGUCCACAUAGUACAGGAAUCUCGUAUGUCAUCUGUUGCAGCCCAAACUUACCUAACUCCUGAGGAAUACAUCGCUUCAGAACGGAAGGCGACGCUCAAAAGCGAAUACCUGAGCGGAGAGAUAGUCGCAAUGUCUGGAGCUAGUAACCUUGCGCAUAACCUCAUCACAGUAAAUACUGCGACUCAGCUUUAUAACCAAUUAGUAGAAGGCGGGUGCAGAGUUUUUACCAGCGAUAUGCGCGUCGGAAUUAGCGCAGGUGUCUCCUAUUUCUAUCCGGAUGUCGCUGUCGUCUGUGGUGAACUCCGUUUUGAGGAUGAUGCUUUCGAUACACUCGUCAAUCCGCAGGUCAUUAUUGAAGUGCUUUCUACUUCAACCGCAGGCUAUGACCGAGGUGAGAAAUUCAUACGCUAUCGGCAAUUAGAAUCACUCCAAGAAUACAUCCUUAUUUCACAAGAUCAGGUUCAUGUCGAACACUAUCUCCGUCAAGGUAAACAAUGGGUACUCAGCGAAUUUAGCGCACUUGAGAACGUGUUGCCACUCGCUUCAAUUGGGGCAGAACUCUCCUUGAAUCAGAUUUACAGAUUCGUUGAAGUAGAAACCGAUGACACCCUUCAAGCCACACGUAGCGUCUAA